CAAGGCAGAUUUCGACGUCUGCUGGCAAAGCAGUUCGUUGCAUCAUGCAAUACGUAUACGUUUGAACACUAGGUGGAAGCUGGUUAUACAUGCUUGAUCGGAGGAGUGAGCUUAAACGUUGCCUUUGCAAAUUAGCAUUCAUUGCAAUUCGAUUCGUAUUCCAUAACCUUUAUCUCCCUGUUGUGGAGCCAGUCACUGCAUACCCGGCGAUAACAGUAUUUGGCAGUGGUUUAGUGUCUUCUGAAACAACGUUGGUCUUCUGAAAGAAGGUAGUGAGGAUGCUGGCAAUGAGAAGAGUGCUGCCCCAGUGGGGACAGAUAGCUGGAAGUCUGGUCUCCAGGCAGACUCUGCAGUGUGGUUCUGUUCCGUCUACAUGCCCCAGCAGGCUGCACUCAACUGUAACUGCUCCUGGCACGAACCUGGUGUUCAGACAGUUGUUUGAUGGUGACACGUACACCUAUACCUAUCUGGUGGGAGACCGGAGCACUGGAGAAGCGGCUCUGAUCGAUCCGGUCAUCGACCAGGUCACCCGGGACCUGCAGGUGGUCAGCGACCUGGGGCUCACACUGAAAUAUGCAGUGAACACGCACAUGCACGCCGACCACGUGACCGGCUCGGGCCUGCUGAAGCAGCACGUGCCGUCGUGCCGGAGCGUCAUAGCGGCGGCGUCCGGGGCGCGCGCUGACGUCCGGCUGAGUGCCGGCGACAUCGUCACCGUGGGCGGCCUGCAGCUGGAGACGCGCGCCACGCCGGGGCACACCAAUGGCUGUGUGUCGUACGUGCUGCACGCGGCCGGUCUGGUGUUCACCGGGGACGCGGUGCUGAUCCGCGGCUGCGGCCGCACCGACUUCCAGGAGGGAGACAGCGGCACACUGUACGACUCGGUGCACCGUGAGAUCUUCAGCCUGCCCGACCACUUCACCGUGCUGCCAGCCCACGACUACCGCGGCUUCACCAGCUCCUCGGUGGCAGAAGAGAAGACGCUGAACCCGAGGCUGACCCUCUCCCGAGAACAGUUCAUCAAGUUCAUGGAGGACCUGAAGCUGGACUACCCCAAGUACAUCGACGAGGCCUUGCCGGCCAACCGCGCCUGUGGCCUUCAGGAGCUGUCCUCCAACCACCGCGCGCUCUUCGAGAAGCUCAGCGCGGCGCGUGCCUAGAGGACGUGGCGACCGCUGGCCGGUGCUCGGGUCAGGCCGGCUGCAUGCUGCCGCGCCGGCCGUACCCAUCUCCGGUCGGGGAAAGUGCCGGACCGCGCGGCCCGCUCCGGUCGGGGGGAGGGUGCCGGACUGAGCUGCCCGCUCCGGUCGGGGGAGGGUGCCGGACUGAGCUGCCCGCUCCGGUCGGGGGAGGGUGCCGCACUGAGCUGCCCGCUCCGGUCGGGGAGGGUGUCGGACCGCGCGGCCAAUCUCCGGUCGGGGGAGGGUGCCGCACUGAGCUGCCCGCUCUGGUCGGGGAGGGUGCCAGACCGCGCGGCCCAUCUCCGGUCGGGGGAGGGUGCCGGACCGCGCGGCCAAUCUUCGGGAGCAGCCCGGGGGUGUGUGAUUCGGGCGCCCACGUUACGAAAACAGAGGCCGGUCCAGUUGUUACGCGGUAAGGUGUGCCGCUUGGUGGCGGCCUGCUACACUAACGUAACGCUCACUGUGUGCGUGCCUGCAGUCGACUGUCGUGCAGUGGCCCGGGCUACUGUGUCUGGUUUAGAUGCUCGGAGUCUUAGACUUACGUAAUUUCCAUGAUAAUCAUGAUGCCAAGUUUGUGUUGAAGCUUGAAGGGCCGGCUUUAGAUUUACAUUAGAUAUUGGCAAUAUUAGGUGCUGUUUUGGGCAUUGUGAUGAUAGAUUGUUAACCGCUGUGAGAUUUUAUAAAUACGUAUUUUUGUAAUGACGUUUUGUACCGCUCAAUGGGUUUAACGUGGAUUAUAUACAACUGGCUUGCGUAGGUAAGGUAUGCAUCGUAGGAGGGAAAAGGGCUUGGUGCAUUGAAUAUAUUUAGCGGAUUGGGCGCUCCACAUUUUCUGCUGAUUGUCCAAUAUAGGGAUACAUGCAUGGCGCCUGCUGCAUGGUAAACUGCCUACCAUAUCCCGCCGGGCGACUCGAACAACGCUCAACGGCUAGCAGGCAGGCCCCGUAAUUCGUCUCAUGGUGGCUGCUGCAUGCCAUGUGCAGUGACAAUUGGCUGGGAUGAAACGCAUAAUGUGCUUCGAUGUGCCCGGUUGGUUCGGCACUGCGAUAUACUAAUCUGGACGUUUGCCUUUGCCUUUGCUGCUUAGUUGUGGGCCUGCCUGUUCUAUAGUGGUGCAUAUGUGCUUGACAAUGAAAAUAAAGAAG